UAUACACCGCGUUGAACGGGGAAGGCCUGGGUUCCGAGGCUACGUACUCUGAGUCAAGUCAGCCUGGUCAUCACAGUAUAGACGCCGAAGAAAACUACAUCCAGAAUGGCUAACAGUGUGAUUGCCACCUCUAAUACUGACGCAGAGCUCACACAAGAUGAUGCACCGGAUAUAGUGGAAGAGCUGCAUGAGGCUCAGAACCAUACCUUAUACCUUGGUUUUAUGUUGAAGUUGAACAUUUCUGAGGUGGAGGCCAUUCAUGCACGGUACCCCGAACCAAAAGAGAGGCUUCUCCACAUUAUCGUGGCAUUUUUGAGACAGACAAAAACCAAACCUACAUGGAAGGUCAUUGUGGAUGCUCUCAAAACCCGUUUUGUCAACCUACAGAAACUGGCUGAGAAACUUGAAGCAGUUCAUCUCCCUAAGACUACACGUCCAACAUCAGCAGACAACACGUCUACCAGUGAAAUUAAGUCAGAGCCAUCUACAGACAAGGCAUGUGAAGAGGUAAAAUCUGAUGAGACCCGGCCCAUUAAGCAGGUAUGAACGAAAGGGUAGGUGUGCUGUGCCAAUGCUUUGGCAUCCAAAACAUUUUGUUGCAGACAUGGAAAAGAGACCUGCAAUCUCAUGUAAAAGAGCUACAACAGCAGCUGCAGUCCAGAAACAAGGAGAUUGCAAGCCUCCAGUCUCAUUGUCAGGAGCUAGAGUCCAGAAGCCAAGACUCUAGCACUUCUUCCAGUGAUGGUGAAGUAAAGUCCAAGGAGAAGGGAUGUAAAGAGGCUGGAGACGGUGCCCUAACUGAGGCUCAACAGCAACUGAAGCGGAAAGAGGAUCAGUUACAAUUGUGUGAAAUAGAGAAUAAAGUCAUCAAAGAACUGCUAUCAAAAAAGGAAAGAGAGUUAGCUGAGGCAGUCCAUCAACUGGAGCAAAAGGAAGAUCAGCUGCUGAGUAAGAACAGUGAGCUGUUACGGGCAAAUGAGACCCUCAGGGAGGAGCGCCAGCAGAUCCAGGAGAUGAAACAGAAAGUGACAAGGAUAUUUCAAAGUGCCCUCCAGCAGUUUCAAAGAGAAAGUGGCAAUGCUGUUCCAUACGUAUUGUAUGGAGGAUCUGCAACAACCGACGGUCAAGUUGCGUAUUUUGUAUCAUUUGAUUCCACUCAAGUCUACCAAUACGAUUGGAGUAUAGAAAAAUGGGACACACUUCCGCCAUUGCCAUGUAUGAACUCUGGGCUAGUGAUCAUUGAUGGUGAACUAUGUGCUGUGGGAGGAUCUCAUACCAACCAAGUAUUCACACUCAGAUGGACGAAAUGGGUCGAGGAAUACCCUCCAAUGAACAUUGCACGUUCAUCCCCCGCUGUAGUUAGUACAUCUAAUGGCACCUGCCUCAUUGUCAUAGGAGGAUUAGUGGAUGAUGGUUGUUGGACUCCCACAGUUGAACUAUUUCAAGUAAAUAGCCGAAAAUGGUACAAGCUAACAGAUCUACUGCAACCUCUCACUAGACCUUCAGUCACAUUGUGUGGUGAUAAACUACAUGUAGUUGGUGAUCAUGCUAAUGGAUACUUCUUUUCUCUUCAAUCUCUACCGUCCAGUGACGUACCACAGUUGACGCCACACCUCAUAUCAUGGACAUGUCUUCCUCCUUUACCAGUGAAAAGUUCAACCGCUGCAACUCUUUGUGGACAGCUCAUAAUCAUUGGUGGGAGGAGUGACCGGUGGCCGCCAGUCAAAUCAAUUUACCAGCUGGUUGACGGACAAUGGGUGGAGAUUGGCUCCUUAGCUUGUUGUAGGUGUCGGUGUUUAGUGGCCAGUGCAUCACCAGACAAGAUCAUGAUCGUAGGAGGAAAAGGAGCACAAGACACGGUGGAAAAAAUUGUUGAACUUGUCAUUGGGAGAAUGGAGCAAGCUAAGCUAGUUGUUCGUUUAGUGUAACCGGUACACAAACUCAUUUAUCUUCAUUAAGUCUAAUUGUAAACACAUGUGCAAAUAAUAUCAUGAAAUAUUGUAAGAAUCUCAGGAAAUGACUAUCAUUAUGUUCAUUGAGUAUCUUUUACAGCUACUUCACAUAUAUUUCAAUCAGCUCCAACGGAGUGUUUUCGUUGCCGGUACUUUCAUCGCCGCAUAUCCUCACUUCAAUGUCAUUUGCAGAUGGACGGUUCAGUACGGAAUGAAACCAUGGU